AUGAUUCAAUCGGCUACUCUCCCAUCAAUUGACGACAAAGAUGAACAGCAAAGAAAGCUUUUUAAGAAGCUUUACCUCAUAACAGAAUCUAAGAUUGAUGAACUUUUCGGGGGAGCUAGACAAGUCGAGAGAGACCUAAGCCCGAGUGAUCAAAUUCUAGCAAACCAAACAACAACAGGAAUUGAAAAUGACACAAAAAGCUCUAGAGAAGAACAGCCCAAGAAGUCACGCAGAGUUAUCGACGAGGAUAACUACGACGAUGAUGAUGAGGAGGAGGAAGAUGAAAGCAUACAACACUGCUUGUCAAAAGAUGAAAGCGCCAAUGAUGUUGAUUCGUCUCUUAAGAUGGGGCCUUCAGCUAUAUCUGGAGAUCUUUCCAAGGUGAUUAAACCUAGUAAAGAAUUUGAGCAACCUAAGUCCUCGGAACAUGUGCGCAAGCAAUUAGAGCUCGAAAAAAAGGCUAUUGAAGAGACUGCUAAGCGAAGCUUUCACACUCUCUUUUUUACGUUGGAGAAUGACCGAAUCGCUAUGUUAGAGCAGCAGCAACUCGAGGAAUCCGAGAAGCAAAUUGACGCAGAAAUGGACCACUCUAGUGCCUCUAACAACAAUAAUAUAAAUGGUGAGAAUCAUGGCUCUCUCAGUAAUACCAACCUCGGCGCCUCAAGUCUUACCCUAAAGCACCUCAUCGCUCGAAUUGACCUCAAACGUGACCAAGUACGAGCUUCUGAUGCUGAGUUACGAUCCCUAAUGAAUGAGGUUCGGAAAAACAGGAGCAAAUGGGCGAGUGAAGAAAAUGUGCAUCAAGAAGAGUUAUAUGAGGCUGCUGAAAAGGUGCUAAGUGAGCUCAAAGCGAUGACAGAAUAUUCAGCUCCAUUUUUGACAAGGGUCAACAAACGUGAUGCUCCAGAUUAUUACAACAGUAUUAACUCCAUUCCGCUGAUCAACUCAAUACUAACAGAACUAUAG